AUGACACCGGAAAGAGCGAAGGCGAACUAUUACGCAAGACUGAAGGUCGAGCACGGAUGGCAACGACAGAACCUGAACGAAGUGGAGAACCUGUACUUUCGCCAUACCCAUAUGCAUCGACCACCGCCGAUCAUCCCUGCCGGCGGACGUCGAACCGCAGGAUUGAGCUUGGCGUCAGCAUCAUCUACGUCGAAUACCCUCUCACCCGUGAACGAGCCCAGGCUGAAUCCUCCCGCACAUGCCAUCCUGCCUGAUUCUCAGUUUACAGGAACCGCCGGCCAGGGCACCGAUCCUUUUCCUCCCCAGGCCUCAGUGUCUCUGGCACCUAUCUACCAAUCCCAUACACAACUACGUACGGUGGGGGCGGCUCAGAUUGGCGGGCCUUCGAUCGGGACUGGUAGUAACGGACAUUUUGUGGCGCACGCCCAAAGUGUGGCUACGCCCUCAACACCAAGUUCAUCUGCUGCAGCAUUUCAGCUGGCUGCCCCUCCACCAUUUGGGUACCCUCCCGCAAUGCCCCCUCAGAGCUUCGCCUACGCCCACCCUUCGCAUACUCCCAGUAGCAUGCCUCCGACAAUCCCAUAUUCCCCUCCGCCCACUGCACCACCCAACGGUCCCAACUCACGACACACUGUAUCACCACAUCUACCAGAACCACCGCAGCAGCCACAACAGUCGCCACACGCACAGCAGGGACAACAGCAGCGGCGACGCCGGCGGCAGCCCCAAGCACCCGGGCAGCACCCGCAGUUCCGGCCCAUCGCGCCCGCGACCACACGCCCACAGGGAUCGCCCGCACCUGCACCCGCGCCCGCGCCGCCAUCUCCGGCGCCGGCUCCCGCGAUGCUUAACUUCCCGCCGACGCAGGGCUCGGGCAUGACAUACGACACGUUCUGGUCGUCGCACUCAUCGCUCUCGGCGCAGACGUUCCGGAACGUCAUCCUCAACUCGGCCGCUUUGUUCGCGCCGCCGCCACAGGGCGAGCAGAUGCAGCCACAGGGUAUGGGCGAGCCCACGGACUCCCAGCUCGGUGCUGCGUAUCCGAACUCCGCGAUGCACAGCGACGCCCUGAACUUGAAUGGGAUGACAUGGCCGAGCUGA